CGGAGAUCAUGUUAGAACCGGAAUGUAGUAUGCCACUGAUUAGGAAACAGGUGGCUUACGGUGGAACCCGGGAAAAAGAACGAAGCAGGACCCUACUCUCAUCUAUUCGGCCCCACGCUCCAACACUUUUAAGUUCACUAUUGGUUAGUCCAUCACAUAGAGUAGGUCCUUAGUUUCAUACUUCCAUUAGCUUCUUCUUCUGCCACCGCCAUGGAUUGGAGACCUCUCUCUGAACUCUGAACUGAACAAGGAAGCAUCCUCUUAUCCUUUCGAGUGGCUGUAUCACGAAUGGAUACUUCAAUAAAAUUAGGCUCAGGAGUGAUGCCCCGUCAAUUUAUGGUUAAUAAUUCGUGCUCUACAACAGCAAGUUUGCAUUUUUACUUCAAGAACAACGGAAAAAUUAAAAGGGUCCGUGGCCAAUUUGGGUAUGAGAAGUUGAAUAGCCAUGUAAUGAUUCGUGGGUGCUCGAGGGUUUAUGCUUUUGGUGGGACUAGUGAAUUGUAUAAUCGAAGGAAGGUAUAUGGGAAUUGGGAGUCAUUAAGUUGUAAAUGCCAAGGAGCUCAGAAUGUUAGUGGAGCAAUUGUCGAGAGUGGAAAUGGGAAAUUGGUGGAUGGUGUGGCCAAUGAUUUGGCUUUACAAAAUUUUGACAAUAAUAAUCAGUGGUUUGAGAGUGAGAAGCGGGAUUCUAGUUCCAGUGAUGAAUCUGCUGCCGCCUCUGAAAUGAGUGAUUCGUUGCAGGAGUUUGGGAUUAAUUCUGUGGAAGAUGAAGCAUGGAAUCUGUUGAGAGCAUCCAUUGUGUAUUAUUGUAAUAAUCCCAUUGGGACCAUUGCUGCUAAUGACCCAAGUGCUGCUAACAUGCUCAACUAUGAUCAGAUAUUCAUCCGUGACUUCAUACCUUCUGGAAUUGCUUUUUUGCUAAAAGGGGAGUUUGAUAUUGUUCGUAACUUCAUUCUUCACACUCUUCAGUUGCAGAGUUGGGAGAGAACUAUGGAUUGUUACAGUCCUGGACAAGGACUAAUGCCUGCCAGCUUUAAAGUGCGCACUGUCCCCCUCGAUGGUGACGAGUCUGCAACAGAGGAGGUGUUGGAGCCAGAUUUUGGUGAGGCAGCAAUUGGUCGGGUUGCACCAGUUGACUCAGGCUUGUGGUGGAUUAUUCUCUUGCGAGCUUAUGGCAAGUGUUCGGGUGAUUUAUCAGUUCAAGAGAGAGUUGAUGUUCAAACUGGAAUCAAGAUGAUUCUAAAGCUAUGUCUUGCAGAUGGCUUUGACAUGUUUCCUACCCUAUUGGUGACUGAUGGUUCUUGCAUGAUAGAUCGCCGCAUGGGCAUUCAUGGCCAUCCUCUGGAAAUUCAGGCAUUAUUCUUUUCAGCCUUACUUAGUGCUCGUGAGAUGCUUGUGCCCGAGGAAGCAUCAGCCGACCUACUGAGAGCACUCAAUAAUCGUCUUGUAGCUCUAUCAUUUCACAUAAGAGAAUACUAUUGGAUUGACUUGAAAAAACUCAAUGAAAUAUACCGAUACACUACAGAAGAAUAUUCUUAUGAUGCUGAGAACAAGUUCAACAUUUAUCCUGAUCAGAUACCUCCAUGGCUGGUGGAAUGGAUGCCCAGCAAGGGGGGUUACUUCAUUGGAAAUCUGCAGCCAGCACACAUGGACUUCCGUUUUUUCUCUCUUGGAAAUUUGUGGUCUGUUGUCAGUAGUCUAGCAACUACAGACCAGUCAAAUGCUAUAUUGGAUCUUUUUGAGGCCAAAUGGGAAGAUCUUGUGGCUAAUAUGCCCCUGAAGAUAGCAUACCCUGCGCUCGAGGGAGAGGAGUGGCGAAUCAUCACAGGCUGCGACCCAAAGAACACGUAAUUACUUCAUUAUUGGAUACUGUAUUCUUAUCAUGGUGAUUGCCAAAUCUUUCUCACUACAAAAUUUUUGUAUGCAGGCCAUGGUCUUACCAUAAUGCAGGUUCAUGGCCAACUUUACUCUGGCAGUUGACUGUGGCGUGCAUAAAGAUGAAUAGACCAGAGAUUGCCGAAAAUGCGAUCAAGAUUGCUGAGAAACGGAUAGCUAGAGACAAGUGGCCCGAAUAUUAUGACACCAAAGGAGCAAGAUUUAUUGGGAAACAGGCGCGCCUCUUCCAAACCUGGUCCAUUGCUGGAUAUCUAGUGUCAAAGCUCCUCAUUGCAAAUCCAAAUGCAGCAAAUAUGCUAAUCAAUGUCGAGGAUUCAGAAUUCCAAAAUGCAUUCUCGUCUGCAAUUAGUGCUAAUCCCAAGAAGAAGCGUCCACCAAGAAAGUUGAAGAAAAGUUAUAUAGUAUGAUUAUUAUCAUGAUCCCACAUUAAGUACCCCUAUUUGGUAUUCUUGCACAAAUUCAGAUGUUCCGAACUUCCUGACGGCUCAGCCUUGUGCAAACUAAUUAUAUAGUUCAGCCAUUGUACCAUAGUAGGUUUUGUUCUCCUGUGGUGAAUGUACAGAGCUCUAUAGUUUUAAGCAACCAAUACAGAAUGUCUCUUCUUCUUUUGCAGGAGGAAUUCUUUCUUCUUAUCUUCUGAUUCUGAGGCAUUUCAGAUAGUAGAUCAUAUCUUGCUUGAGUUCAAAACCUUCAUUUCCUUUUUGGUUGGAUUCUAUGCAAAUCUCGUGCCGACGUUGAUAGUUACAUAAAGCCUUCAUUUCCUUCCUGUAAUGUUGGAUGAUUGGGUUGACAAGAGGAUUGGAAGCUCAUUGUCUCUUUCUCUUUGGAAACGAGAAAGGUUAACUUACAUUCUAAAGUAAACGUGUUUCGAAACAAGUGUCAUUC